AUGUCGAUAACAAAAGCCCUCGCAAUCUUUGCCCUCCUCGGCUCAUCUCUCGCCCUCCCAGACGCAAGACACCAACAUCAUGUUCGCGCUUCAGCUUGCACACCAGUAGCAGGUGGAUCUGAUGAUACUCCCGCUAUUGCAGCGGCAAUUGCCAAAUGCGGCAAGGGAGGCACUAUCAUCAUUCCCGCCGGCAAAACCUACAACCUGAAUAGCCCAUUGGACUUUGCAGGAUGUGCUGGCUGUGACUUCCAGUUGGAAGGAACCUUGAAAUUCAGCUCGUCCACAAAUGUCUGGAAGGGACAGACAGCAAUGAUCAACAUCAAGAAUAUUGAUGGACUUAAGAUCCGAUCUCUGUCAGGCAAAGGAGUCAUCGAUGGAAAUGGUCAAGCGGCAUGGGACCUUUUCGCCAAAGACAGCAGCUACCGCCGCCCAACUCUGCUUUACAUCACCGAACCCCCUAAUGUCUUCAACUCCGUCAAGGGCAACACCAAGACCGCGAAAUUCCUCAAUCUGCACAUGGAUGCCACAUCCAAAAGCAAGAAUGAGCCGAAGAACACGGAUGGCUUCGACAUCGGUGCCAGCACAGAUGUUACCAUCAGCAACGUCCAUGUGACAAACGACGAUGACUGCGUGGCCUUCAAGCCCGGUGCGGACGGCGUUAUCGUCAAAGACAUUACCUGCACGGGAAGCCAUGGACUAUCUGUGGGAUCCCUGGGAAAGAGUGCCAAGGACUUUGUGAAGAAUGUGCAUGUGUCCGGUGCGAAGAUGAUCAAGUCGACCAAGGCGGUGGGAAUCAAGACGUAUCCCACUGGUAACGGCCACGCCAAGUCGACAGUGAGCAAUAUUACUUUCACGGAUAUUACCGUUGAUGGGUGUGACUAUGCGAUUCAGAUCCAGAGUUGUUAUGGAGAGAAGGGCGACUACUGUGUGAAGAAUCCUGGAGAUUCGGACUUGACGGGCAUUGUUUUCGAUAAUAUUCGUGGUAAGACGAGUGGAAAGUAUAAGGCUGUUACCGGCAAUCUUUCUUGUGGAGCUCGUGGAACUUGCGAUGUCAAGGUUAAGAACUAUACUGUUGUGGCGCCCACUGGGGGUAGUGAGGUGCAGUGUGCUAACACCCCGUCUACAUUGGGGGUGAAGUGCACUGCAGGUGCCUCGGGCUGA